AUGUUCGGCGGACGGAGACGCUGGAGGAAAACGAUGUUCUUUGGCGCUCUCUUCCUCGUCUGUUUCGGGGUAUCACUCAACUACUUGAGCGUGGAACAGCUUCACUCCAACAGCAAGGACGAUACAUUCACUGAGGUUCACAAAAUAAGCAACGAAACAAAGCAGCCUCCUCUGGAGUUCCAGGCUGAACCAAUACCAGACCCUCCAGCAUCAAUGGAAGCUGUGUACAAAGAGGGAGAGGUGGGCAACUUUGAACCUCCUCCAGAGAGAGUCGUGGAAGGUCCUGGUGAGGGGAGUAAACCAGUGGCGUUCGCGUCUCCAGACCAGGAUUCAUUACGCCGUUACGGCUGUGACAUGGCAGUGAGCGACCAGGUCUCAUUGGAUCGCACGAUCCCUGACACCAGACAAAAAGAGUGCAAGUUCUGGCACUAUCCGAGCAAUCUGCCGAGUGCCUCUGUGAUUGUUAUUUUCCACAACGAAGGCAACACCACGCUCCUGAGAACUAUCCACAGCAUCAUCAACCGCUCCCCGCCCUCCCUCCUAAAAGAGCUGGUCCUCGUGGACGACGCAAGCACCAGGGAUCAUCUUCUAGCACCACUAGAUAACUAUAUUCAACGUUUCAAUGGAUUGGUCAAAUUGUACCGGAACGAACAAAGACUUGGGGCUAUGGGUUCUCGGACGAGAGGGGCAAAGGAGGCAGUCUCUGAAAUCCUUGUGAUACUGGAGCCUCAUUGUGAGGUGAACGUGAACUGGUUACCGCCGCUGAUUCAGAGAAUUGCUCUCGACAGAACGGCGAUGGCACAGCCGACAGUUGAUGCCGUACAUUACCAAGACUUCGCCUACACCAAAAUUCAUUCGACCAUGAUGAAGGGUGUUUUCGAUUGGGGUCUUCGGUACAAAGAACAAGCAGUAUCACCCACGGAGCAGGCACGGAAGUGGAAACACAAUUCAGAACCUUAUGGAACGCCGACACACGCCGGUGGACUGUUUGCAGUCACCCGCAAACACUUCUUUGACAUUGGAGGCUAUGAUGAAAGUCUAUUGGUAUGGGGGGCAGAGGGCUUCCAGCUGUCUUUCAAGCAAUGGAUGUGCGGGGGUAGAUUUGAGAUGGUGCCGUGCUCUCGGGUGGGUCACAUCUACCAUUACACAAUGCCGUUCACCUUUAAAGGAUCCUAUUUAGAACAGAACAACGUCCGUACGGCGGAAGGAUGGAUGGAUGAAUACAAGGAAUAUCUCUACGUUGAGUAUCCAGCCCUCAGGACGAUGAAGGUGAAUGUCACUGACCAGUUGGAACUCAGGAAGAGGCUUGGCUGUAAGAGCUUCAAAUGGUUCAUGGAGAAUGUGGCCUACGAUGUGGUAAAGGAUUAUCCUCUACCCCCAGCGAACGUAGUCUGGGGUAAUAUUAAAGAACGACAUGGAAGCGAGUGUUUGAGGAAAAUCGGUGAAACAUUAACGCUCGGAGGAUGUGAAAGAGUUGCGGAUUAUUUCCGGUACAAUACAGCUGGACAGAUGUCUGUCGGAGAAUACUGCCUGGUUUUUGAACAAGAAAAGUUUUCGUUUCCCAUGUGUCCAGAUGGACAUAAACACCCAUGGGAGUGGAAUCAGGAAACCGGCUUAAUUCGACACCCGGUGCUCAAGAAGUGUAUCCAAAGUGCUGAAGGGGUGAUCCUUGCAGAGUGUGAUAACAAGGUUCUCAAACAACAGUGGGAUUUGCAGGAGCGAAUGUAA